UCGUUACUGUUGUAGCGGUCAUAGCACCAAGCCGAAAAUCGCACUGUCAACGUCAGACAAACACCCCAAAAACGGAUUAAAAAACAGUUUAGAAAAACGUAAGAAAUAUGGACGACGACGUGUUGACAACUUUGAAAAUAUUGAUAAUUGGUGAGAGUGGUGUCGGAAAGUCAAGUCUUCUCCUGAGGUUCACAGACGAUACUUUUGACCCAGAGCUAGCAGCAACCAUAGGUGUGGAUUUCAAAGUAAAAACAAUUGCAGUGGAUGGGAAUAGUGCCAAGCUUGCUAUUUGGGACACAGCAGGACAGGAGAGGUUCCGGACUCUGACGCCCAGCUACUACCGUGGUGCACAGGGAGUCAUACUGGUGUACGAUGUCACUAAACGGGACACGUUCACGAGGCUGGAGAACUGGCUGAACGAACUGGAGACGUACUGCACACGGAACGACCUCGUCAAAAUGCUGGUUGGGAACAAGAUUGAUAAGGAGGAAAACCGUGUAGUUGACCGAAACGAAGGCCUUAAGUUCGCAAGGAAACACUCCAUGCUUUUUAUUGAGGCCAGUGCUAAAACGCGGGAUGGUGUCCAGUGUGCCUUCGAGGAGCUGGUGGAGAAGAUUCUCCAGACUCCAGGGCUUUGGGAAAGCAACGCCCAGCCCCGGGGCGUCCAGCUGGGGGACCAGGAGCAGCGCGGGGCUGGAGGCUGUGGAGGAUAUUGCUCCGUACUGUAAACCUGGAACCAACCCAAACGGCAUACUGGAAACCAGAACCUGAGAAGGAUAUUAAGAGUCCGUUAAUAUACUGUGUGUGUUAAAUACUGAGUCACGGCAAGGGUUCAUCUACACACCUUCCGAGGUCUCAGUACAAAGGGACUUUGCGGUUUGCACUCUUCCUGUACCGCCAGUCAGUUGUAACAGUGCAUUACAUCGUGUUGAAAACACAGUUGAUAUUCAUCAUGUAUAAAAUAUCAUGCUAAAGGAGGUACAUUUGUUUUAUCUAUCAAGUUUGUUGUUAACCACACCAAGUCACAUAUACGUCUUGUCGAACACAUCAUGGUGAAACGGGGAAUGUCUUCUGUACAAAAUAAUAUUUAAUACCUUCUGCUACACGUUUAUGCAAUACAUUAUGAAUAUGAUCAUUACAUCAUGUCAAAUACCUACCAAGUUAUACCGCAAAUACCUUCGCUAUUUAUGUCAAAUUUUCUACUUGAUGAGUAGAUCUGCAUGCCUUAACUAUGGUUACCGUAGGACCAAUAGAUGAAGGGAGAGUCCUUCGACGCGCCUUCACUUUGUCCUAGCUAGUGUUUGUAGGCCUAUAACCCCCCCCCCCCCCCAUAAGCACUUUGUAACAGCUGACAUAGGCAUUCAUCACCACACAUUGUGCACCUAGUCAUAGACAGACAUCCAUUUAACAUGGAUGUAGUGUGUAUGCUUCACAGUUGGUUUUACCAACGUAUCCCACUGGUUGACAACAAUUAUAUAUAUAUAUAUUUUUUAUCCCCUUCCAUUUUAUUUACUUGGUAAUUUCUCUAUUCCAAGCUGUUAAAUAUUUAUAUUUUCUUCCACUUUUUAUUUCCUGAUGUGGGAACAUCCAUGCAAUGUUUUACGUCUUGGCAAGCACAGUCCAUGUGGCGUUGAUAUAGCCUAGUGAUGUGCCUAUCCAUAGCUGUUACUGGCUCAAAUGUUGAAAGGAAAGGAAAGAAAAGGUGCAUGUUUAUUAUUAAAGCUAUUGCAAAAUAAAGAUAUAUUAUUUUUCUCUCAAAAAAAAAUCACAGCUUGGUUUCAUUCUGACCUAGCUGGCCCUUCAAUCAAGCAAGCCUUCUUAUUACAUAAUGGUCGUUAGUUCAAGCAUGCUUAUGGAUGUUCUGUGGAUCCUGCGGUCUGGAAAAGGGAUGCAUUUACAUGGAUCAGCCCAAAAGGUUUCUCAUGCCUGUCUAGUUAAAUGGUCCACUCCAUAACAUAUUACACACAGUCAUGUCACACCACACGUACAUGCAAAAACUCAUUGUCAAGACAGAUAUGAGUCUGUAUAUCUGUAGCAAGAUAUACAGUAUGUUGGUUGCAUGUUUUGCUAUUUGAAUUUUAAAUAAUUAUCCAGUUUAUUUGUUGUAUCUUCAGUUUUUGUCUGACCUUUUUUUUUAAAAAGUGUGCUUGUUUUCCAUCCAUGAAUCACCUUAUGAAUAUCUAUACCAUAACAUUCAAAUGACACUUGUAAGUGGUGUUGUGCUCGGUCAUGACAAGGACAUUUUGUAUUAUUUCAAACUGAAAUAAAAGACAAUGGGAAGAAGA